CGCCGCCGCUGCUGGAGAGGGCGGAAAAAAAAAAAAAGGAAACGGUGCGCUGAGAGGAGGCCCUGCGAGCACCGCGAGCUCGCCGCCGCCACACCACACACCGCUCCUCUUUCUCAACACCGCGGCGCCGGGGCGGUCGUCGCGCCAGCAACCACCGAGCCGCGACGACGCAAGACAGAAGCACUGCUGCAAACCGGCUUUCCGCUCCAGCCCGCGUCCCAUCCUCGACGGCGGCAAAACGCCGGCACUUCUUUCUUUACAAGUGCCCUUGCCGAGCCCGCGACGGUCGUUCCUACCCACCAUGCUACCCGUUAUCCUCAUCGGCAUCAUCGCACUGCUGUGUGUUCAGGCGUGCGAGCACGACCCAAAGGUUUCCGUGGAGGUCUUCUACGAGACGUACUGCCCGGACAGCAGGAACUUUGUCCUCGAGCAGCUGAACUCGACGUACGCAGAGCUCGCAAACAUCGUGCAGCUUCAGCUCGUCCCGUACGGAAAGGCAUCUAGGAGGGAACUGCCAAAUAAAUGGUACAGCUUCGACUGCCAGCACGGAGACAAGGAAUGCUACGGAAACCUAUUGCAGACAUGCGUGAUCAAGUACUACCCAGACCCCAGCCAACACCUGCCACUCGUUGUGUGCAUGUUCUCGUCCAGAAAUCCAAACCGGGCGUAUGAAGCGUGCGCCAAGAAGCAGGGCUUUGACACCGAGGCUCUGCAGAAGUGCGUCUCCGGCAAGGAGGGCAACGACCUCCAGCUGAGAUUCGCCGAGUGGACCGAGAGCGUCAACAGCAAGGGCCGGCUAGAGUUUGUUCCGUGGAUUCGCAUGAACGGGGCAACAAGAAUGGGAAAAUCCAUCGUUGGAGAAAAAGGAGACCACACUUUCCCUCUCGAAUUUCACGCCAUAACAGCAGCACCAACCACAACAGUCUGUCACGGGCUUCACAGUAUAUUCACAAGGACAAGAUGUACGACGCGUUCACCAGCUUCAAGAGGACACUAUGCGUAGAGUACAAGAGCAUGGUCGAAACACUGUGCACAGGGGACAGCCCGAGCACGCAGCCAAUCGAGCUCCCGCAGGCCUGUAAAGAUGCCCUUUCCUAGGGACAACACCAUAACGACUGAACUGCAACUGAUCAUCUUGUUGGCCAACUAAACGAAACGACUUUCCUUUUUGCCUGGACUUUCGCAAUGUCAGUGGGACCAGUGUCAACAACUGUUUUGGAGUGAACUGGGACAUCAUCACACAAGUUAAUUUCUGUGUAUAUGUUCCUUUCUUUUUCUUUCCUUAGCGAAGGCUAUGUACUCGUGUGAGGUGUCUGUUUACGCUAGUUCCUUUAUUCUCUUUUCCAGUCACACACUUUUUAAGCAACACCAUGUAUAGUGCAUUGGAGAGCUUGAACUGUUACACCCUUUCUCCAGUUCACAUUCCUCACUGUGUCAAACGCACAAUGUAAACACUAAAUACCGAUGCAAACAGCAUCACUAGCUUUUGUACAAAGGGUUCAGAAAGCUUUUCGUGAACAUUUGAAUUUUACUUGCAUAUCACAAGCAGAGUUAACACUCUGCUCCAACUCUGUUGCAAACUACCUUUAUACAGGAAAAUUUCGUGUAUCAAUGAUUCCAUAUGUUUCGUGCAUUCGUCUGAUGUAAAUAGGACUGCGUAAUAUUAACCCUAUAUGACUUCCACAUGAAUUACACGAAAAACAUGAAACAAAUGCAUAUGAACCAUUUCAACAGGAAUGCAGCUAUGCUUAUAUCAAAUGCCUUUACUAUGUUGUGGCAGUGACUUAACAUGUGUUGGUCUACCUAUGAAUAGCCAUGAGCUUACGUGUAGUGCCUGUGAUGUCACAAGACUUUUGAAGGGCCAGUACAUGCAUAGACCCACAUUUGCCGGCGAUAUGGUUUCCUGUGCACGUACAGUUCCUUCAGCUCGUGUUCAAGCUGUUAGCAAUUAAAUGUGGCUUUCCACACGUUUUUGACUGCCUACUGGGCUUUUCAAGGCUAUAUGAUAAGCAACGCAAUAUUGCUUUUUAGGGAAAUUGAUGUACUGUAGCCGCAUCUGUUGUAGUGGUGAUCUCACGUACUGUAUGCGUUGCUGGCCUCAAGCGUCCCGAUUCCAAUAUACGUGUUCAUGUUAGACCUCUUAUGUUAGUUUGCAGGGUUUGCAUAGCAGUCACUGUACUGCAACCACAAACUUACUGCUCAUCCUGAUCUGAGGCCGCAUCCUGGCAUUUCAUAUUACCAAGCCAAGCACAUCAAUAGAUUUAUGUGCCAUUCUCCUUUCUUUUCAGCUUUGUUCACUGUUUACUUUAACUAAGCAUGUGAAAAGGUGUGGCUUGUGUGGGUGUGAAUUGUUGAACAAACCAGUUUCUGUGAAUGCACUGUUUCCAGGCCUCACAUUCCUUGAGGCCGCACUCUCUUAAUUGUUAGCUAUAAUCGCUGUCUGUGCUUUGAAAGUAGCUACCAUUUUACAAUGUGCAGGCACAGUUUUAAGAUGAUGGCAGCACCACUGAUAAAUACACAUGCCUGUAUGCACUUUGGAGACUCUAUAAGCACGUGUGCACAGAGGGAACAGACACACACUGCAAGUUCAGUGCUGCUUAACAUUGCGUUUUGGAGGCUAUGAACAAAGACUUUGUGCCUAUGAUUUGUACUGGCAGGUGUGUUGUCAGCUGCUAUGAACAUACUCAAAGUAGCUUUUUACAGCUCUUCAUUUUAGCCGUCAUUUCGCUGUUUUAGUCUGUCUUAAAGUAGGUUUGAUGCAGUGCUGCCUGCAUCAACCAGGAGUCUGCAGAUCGAUCAAAUGCAAUGAACAACAGAAUCGAACAUGUGCCCAUUCAACUGUAGCACGCAGGGUGUGAUUGGAAGAAUGAAUAAAACUGUUUUACCCUCCUUUU